GUACACGGCUGUGAGCGAAUGACAGUUGUAGCAAAACAAUGCCAAACGAAAUUGUAGCCGCUGCGAUAAAACAAAUCAUAAAAAACAAAAACAUCAUUGCUCGGGUUGCGAAAAUUUCAACCCGUUCCGGAAUGUCGUCGGAAAACAAAUCCCCGCUGCUGGAGCGGGCCCGUAACAUAGUGCCUCAUCUCGACACGGACCGUCACAAGGGGCAGGCUGGCCGGAUCGGCAUCGUGGGCGGUUCGCUCGAAUACACCGGGGCACCGUAUUUUGCAGCGAUAAGUGCACUGAAGGUGGGCGCGGAUCUGGUGCAUGUGUUUUGUCCGGAUGCGGCCGCUCAGGUCAUCAAAUCGUACAGCCCGGAACUGAUUGUGCAUCCGUUGCUUGAUUCCAAUAACGCCAUCAUUCAGAUCGAACCGUGGUUAGAGCGACUGCAUGUGCUUGUCAUCGGACCGGGGCUUGGGCGGAACAGACAGAUUAUGCAGACGGUGGCCGAGUUGAUCAAAAUCUGUCGCCAGCUACAGAAACCGCUUAUCAUCGAUGCGGACGGACUGUUUCUAAUCACGCAGGAUAUCGGUUUGGUGAAGGAUUAUUACGGUGUCAUACUGACGCCGAAUGCCAUCGAAUUUUGUCGGCUGUUUGGAAAGGAUCGGGAUCAAAUAAUGCUUUCGCUGGGUCGGCUUGGUGCCGGUGUGACUGUGAUCGAAAAGGGCCUAAACGAUCGGAUCUACGACUCGCUAUCGCUGGAGAAGUACGAAUGCCCACAGGGUGGUUCCGGACGGCGCUGUGGCGGUCAGGGGGAUUUGCUUGCCGGCUCGUUGGCCACUUUCUACUAUUGGGCGUUGGAGUCUAAGCAAGAAAUUAGCCCGGCUAUGGUUGCCUGCUUUGCGGCCAGUACACUUACGAAAACGUGCAACAAGUAUGCGUUCAAGCUGAAGGGACGUAGCAUGACUUGUAGCGAUAUGAUCGACCAAAUUCAUCCCGUGUUUGAUGACCUGUUUGAGCACAAGAAGGAUUAGGGAUGGUCGCACCGGAGCUUCUAUCGUACGGAUCACUCGACGGUGUUGCUCAUUUAUCGAUACCUCAGGUCUACACGUUCUCUUAUCAUCGUCACUUUUAGCGUUAUCAUCAUCAGUGUGCUCGUUGUUGUAUCCAUGUACUUUAGCUCCGGCAGCCUGGUUUGACAAUUGGCCGACAAAUUCCCCACACUAAGCGAUGCAACGAAACGUUAGAGGGUAACGAAAAACACAAAACAAACACAGUCGAUGUUGCUCCAACGAACAGACUAGCGACCAGUCGCGACUUAUCCGAGGGAAAGUUUAUUUCCAAGCGAAUUCUACAGGUGAUGGUAUUUUAAUAGCGUGGUAAUUUUAAGAAUAGCAGGGCCAAUAGACUAAGGUCAGGCGAAGAAGUUUAAAAUGAAAUAAUUAGAACGCAGGGUCGUCAGUCUGAAUUAUCUAGUUCAUCGUCUCAUGAAUCACCUCUCAGCAAGUACGGUCAAGGACUGGUCAAUCGGUUAAAUAGUUGCGUACGAAUUUACAUUUUUGCACGGUUUUAUAACACAUUCAACUAGGGGCGAAGCUAAACAUAAGAAUAAGAAUCUAUUUUCAUCUUUAAGGAGUGGGAGUGUGGAAAUUAUAAAAUACCAAAGAUAUCUAAUAAAGAAUAUUGCAAAAUAUCUGCAGAAAAAUGGAAAACAGAAA